CUAAUAAAUGAUUGACACAAUCACCGUGUGCACAGAAGAAGUUCAGUAAUCGGAAAAGCGGUCAUUUUAGAAAUAAAUCAAAAUCGAAUAAAUAGAAUUGCCUAAAUCAUUGAUAAGCAGAAGCGAUUUGAGCGACUUGGUCGAUUCCGACAAGCCUCUCGCAGAUUCGCACACAAAUGAUCUGUGUGUCUACAUGAUGCUGUCUAGACAUGAAUUCGAUUCUCAACGCAACUUUCCGUACUCAGGUGGAAAUCUUGCAGUAAACAAUGAAGAAAAUGCUCCACAAAUAUCUAAAAUCGAAGAAGCCAAUGACUCAUUGGCGGCCUCAGGCACAGAAGAAGAAACAAUACAUUGCAAACAUUUAUGAAUCUAUUCAACAUGGAAAGGAUGCGGAGAAAAGGAAUCUGGAGCAGGCCGCUAUGAGUAAAUUGAUCGAAAUGGCCUACAAAAGACAAAGGGUUUCUCAUGGGAGUCAUUCCUCGAAGAGAGUCUUCCGCAGGGUCAAUAAACAAGCUGCUUUGCCUUUUGCUGAACGCACUCUUGCCAAAUGCCUAGAGUUUGAAGAUACUGGGAGGAACUGCUUUAGAAAAGCUCUUCUAGUUCAUCAGUGGCUAUUGGGAGCGAUGUUGCAAGGGGAAAUGAGGAGCCGCACAAUGUAGGAAAGAAUCCUGUGAAUCCUUCAACAAAACAACCAACUGAAUCUGUUUCAUUUGAGCGAAGAAACUCUGCUUCUCUAAUGGACUUGGACGAAGGUGGUAUGCAAGACCACGACUGGCAUGGUCUUGCCGUACCAAUGGAUAACCUCUCAGAUGUCCAUUUUGAUUUCUGGUUUUAAAACUCCAACUAGCAAAUUGUCUAGUUUAAGGUUAGACGCUUGAUAUUUGUUUACAUUUACAGCAUGACCUGCUCCAUUACAUGUUGGAAGAGCAUGAGGUCAUAUUUGUUUUCAAGUCUCGGUACUAGUAUUUCCGGAUAUGUUCAUUUUGGACGAUGUUAAUGUGUUCCAAUUUUCUAUAAUUUUGCCAGAACUAUGAUUUCUUUAAUCUUUUGGUAGGCUUAAAUGAUGCAAUGUUAUAAUUGUUGGAUGCUGUUCAUUCUCGCGCACAAGUGAUCUGUGUGUCUACGUGAUGCUGUCCAGACAUGAAUUCGAUUCUCAACGCAACUUUGCUUACUCAGGUGGAAAUCUUGCAGUAAACAAUAAAGAAAAUGCUCCACAAAUAUCUAAAAUCGAAGAAGCCAAUGACUCAUUGGCGGCCUCAGAGAGAUGGCAGAUCAGACCAAAUCACUAUACAGCUGAUUGUUGUAGGAAUUCUAGAGGCAUGCUUGACGUCAGGGAUGAUCCUAUAUUUCCUGCUGGAGGCGGUGGGUGGGACAAACAAAAGAAAAGGAUGCGAUCUUCUGGAGCAGCAAGUAACAGAAGUAUUACCUUGAAGAAAAUUGUCAAACACGCAGUUCACGUGAAGCUGAGUGCUGAGACUAUGCUGCAGCCUCCUCAAGCUUAAUGUUUUAGGUGUCAUCUCUCAAAUCUGCAAAGGAGAUAUGGGAUGCUUUGGAAGCUUAUCAUGAAGGAUCAAAGGGUCUAAGGAAAGUAAAAUUGGGACAACUCAUGAAGGAACUUGGUGCUUUCGGUUUGCAGAAGGGAGAAUCAAUCAAAGAAGCUCAAGCUAGGUUUCAACUCAUUGUUAAUAACCUAGGGAGACUUGGAAAGAUAAUUCCUCAAUCAGAACUCAACAUGAACAUUCUUGCUUCUGUUCCAUUCGACUUUCAAUCCAAUAGUCAAUCUUUUGGAAUGGGUAUGAGAUCUAUGGCAUCUUCAAGGAAGACUUCUGGUACUCCAAAAACCUGUUCUAUCCCGGUGUUGGACUCCUCUUCAGAUUUUUCAGGUGAGUUGGAUGAGGAUCGUGAGGAAUUAUUAUUUGCUGCAGAUUUUGCUCAGAACGCCAGCUACCGCGCUUGUUCUGAUUCGUUUUGGAAGAAACUGGAGUGUUAUUUUGCGCCUGUUACUUCACAAAAUGAGUCAUAUUUGAAGCACCAGCAGGAUUUAGCUGAUGCAAUCGGUGGGAGUUUAUACCAGAACGCUGAAGGUGAAGAUUAUAAAGCUCCUACUUUGUUGCAAAGACUCAUCUCUGCUAUAAUUGACGACGAUGAAAGCGAAGGGAUGAGCCAGAAUGGAGACAAGAUGGAAUCUCCCAUUCCUUCUCCCGAUUGCAACAGUCAUAUGCUGUCUGUGGAGGACAAUAUACGAGUGCAGCUGCAGAGCAUUGAUUUGUGUCCUAAAAUGGUUAUGUACCUCUGUUGUUAUUUGGUGAUGUACAUAUCAACUAAACUGACUAAUCUAAUUCUUCUCUUACUAUUGCAGCAUCCAGAGGGAGAGGAUGCAAUCGAUAAAGAUAUUCGUGAACUUGAAGAGAAAUUAGUUCAGCAGGCACAGAAGAAGAAACAAUACAUUGCAAAAAUUUAUGAAUCUAUUCAACAUAGGAAGGAUGCAGAGAAAAGGAAUCUGGAGCAGGCCGCUAUGAGUAAAUUGAUCGAAAUGGCCUACAAAAGACAAAGGGUUUCUUAUGGGAGUCAUUCCUCGAAGAGAGUCCUCCGCAGGGUCAAUAAACAAGCUGCUUUGCCUUUUGCUGAACGUACUCUUGCCAGAUGCCUAGAGUUUGAAGAUACUGGGAGGAACUGGUUUGGAAAAGCUGCUUCUAGUUCAUCAGUGGCUAUUGGGAGCGAUGUUGCAAGGGGAAAUGAGGAGCCGCACAAUGUAGGAAAGAAUCCUGUGAAUCCUUCAACAAAACAACCAACUGAAUCUGUUUCAUUUGAGCGAAGAAACUCUGCUUCUCUAAUGGACUUGGACGAAGGUGGUAUGCAAGACCACGACUGGCAUGGUCUUGCCGUACCAAUGGAUAACCUCUCAGAUGUCCAUUUUGAUUUCUGGUUUUAAAACUCCAACUAUCAAAUUGUCUAGUUUAAGGUUAGACGCUUGAUCUUUGUUUACAUUUACAGCAUGACCUGCUCCAUUACAUGUUGGAAGAGCAUGAGGUCAUAUUUCUUUUUCAAGUCUUGGUACUAGUAUUUCCAGAUAUGUUCAUUUUGGACGAUGUAAAUGUUUUCCAAAAUUCUAUGAUUUUGCCAGAACUAUGAUUUCUUUAA